UCUUGUGGGAUUACAUAUAAACAAGAAUAGUUGACUCUAAGUAAGACAUUUGAAGAAGGACCAUUUGUCAUAUUAUUACAAAAUGAUAUUGAAAAAGUUUGGAGUAAUUUUGUUAGCUGUGUUCGUUGUGUUGGUACCCGUAGCAGAAGCUCAAAAUUGGAGAGGAAACACCGAGCCUUACAAAAAAUGGGAGUCAGACAGAUGUAUAAGAUGUAUUUGCCAGUAUGCAACUUAUUGUGGCGCGUGGAGAUAUUUCACUUGCAAUGUUCUAGUGACUAAACUAAGGUGUUUAAGAGGAUGGAGACAUCGAGGGGAUUACAACUGUAAUAUCCCAAUAUGUAGACCAAACUGUGGAUUAGUCGGAGAGUGUAUAGCCCCAGCUAAAUGUGACUGCAAAGGCCAGGCAAUAGGUCAAUAUUGUCAGACGUUGGUAUGCUCUUAUACUAGACCAUGUUACCCAGGAAACUGCUAUUCCAAUUCCUUAUGUAAAUGUACCGUUGGAUUCACAAAAGAAAAUUCGGCAUCACAAUACGGCUGUUUGAAAAUUGACACAAAUAAUAAACCGUACAUUGGUAAAUCAACAAGUGUCAUAGAACACAGUAGAAAGACAGAUAAUAAAUUCCUUUUCUACUUCUUGUUGGACGGUACAGACGAGACAAUGAGCAAGCUUAUUGUUUGGAGUAAUCAGAGGGUGUUUAACAUCAUGCGUUUCACAUUCGAGGUUAGCUACGAGGCACCAGAACCAAUGGCUGAAAGGCCGGUCUAUGUUCAUAAGACAGCAGUUGGUAUUACAGAGGGGAAAGUUUUACUUCGUGUUCUAGAUUACAAAAAUGUGGAGCAUCCAACACAAAAGUACGACAUAGACUGUCCUGCAUCUAAUCCGUCAAAUCCACAACAAUUGUUUAAUUGUACGAUAGAGAAUGGAGAAUUCAAAACUCUGAUAGAUCAUGCAGACACGUUAAAAGUUACUUUUGAAGCUAGGAAUGGAGGUUAUCGACAGAUGAGUAAUCAAAACAGUCUACUACCCGAAGACACAUUCAUAGGACAGACUAGUAGAAAAAAUGUAAUCUUUCUAUAUAUGUAUCCAAAUUAUCCUUAAACACUCCCGACCUGUGAUUGCAGAAUACCCUUAAAUGCAAAUAUUCAGCUUUGAUUUGUAAAUAUAACAUGUACUUUCAUAAAUAAAAAAAGUAAGGAAUAGUAGGAAUUUGAAAAUAUUGUAAUAUUUUCUCAAUUCUAACUAAUGUAACAAUUAUUUUUUAUUAUCAUGAAGCAAGAAUGAGGGCAUAUCGUUAGGAACAGUAGUGAGUAGGUGCCAAAUUUUUUUUAUUACGUAUUCAAGUCAUAGUCGGUGCUAGUGGGGAAGGAUUAUGAUGUCCGCUCGGCUCUACUGAAUGUUUUUCGGGAUACCUCGUCGAUUACAAUACGUAGACAUAAUACGGAGUUUGACGGAAAUGUCCGAUAAGUUACGAUGCACCAGCACUGGUUAAACACAAACCAUUGGCAACUCUAAAUGGGCCUUCAAGCAUUUUUAAUUUACACACAUGCGUUCGCCAUCAUUUUUG